AUGCUCACUGUUCUCUCUCGAUUGCAGGAGGCCAACCGCCAUGCGAGUGAGGAGCAGGAGGAAGAGGAAGUGGACGAGUCGAAGCCCAGCUUUGGGGAGAUCAGCGCAAAGGAUGUGAAUGGAGGAAAGAUAGAAUUCCGCAGGGUUGCUGUCCCCUCCCACCGUUUCACACCUCUGAAAGAGAAAUGGAUGGAGAUAUAUGACCCUAUCGUGAAGCACAUGAAGUUACAAGUCAGGAUGAACCUCAAAACAAAGUCCGUGGAGCUGCGAGCCUUCAUCUUGGGCUUUGAGGUCCAGGAUGCCAUUGCCCUGCUCAGGUUGGAUGACCUGUAUAUCGACACAUUCGAGAUCAAAGACGUGAAGCCUUUGCACGGGGAUCAUCUUUCACGAGCCAUCGGAAGAAUCGCAGGGAAGGGAGGAAAGACGAAGUUUGCCAUCGAGAACUCUACUCGUACGCGUAUCGUCCUUGCAGACAGCAAAAUUCACCUGCUCGGUUCGUUCAGCAAUAUCAAGAUUGCUCGAGAUGCUGUUUGUGAUCUGAUCCUUGGAACUCCUCCGGGCAAAGUUUAUACAAAACUGAGAACGAUAGCAAGCAGACUGAAAGAAAGAUUCUAG